AUGUUCGACUUGAUCUCUGGUAUCUACCCUCCCAAAGCACAAUGGACUGUGGACCAAAUUCCGGAUCAGACUGGCCGUAUUGCUAUCGUGACAGGUGGCAACUCGGGCAUUGGUUAUGAGACCGUACUCAACCUGCUGCGCAAGAAUGCGAAGGUCUACCUUGUGGCACGGAGCGAGGAGCGUGCGAAGGAGGCGAUCGACAAGCUCAAAGCGGAAAAGUUGCCAGGUGAAGUAGUAUUCAUGAAGAUGGACCAGGCCAGCUUGAAGGACAUCAAGCGCUUUGCCGAAGAGUACAUGAAGAAGGAGAGUCGGAUUGAUAUGCUCUUCAACUCGGCGGGUGUCAUGGCCCCCAAGGUUGGCGAGAAAACGGCGGAUGGCUACGAACUGCAUGUCGGUACCAACAGCCUGGGCUCGCACUACCUGACCACAUUGCUGCUCCCUGCCCUGCGUGCGACCAAGGAACAAACAGGACACCCGGCCCGCGUGUGCUUUACAUCGAGCAUUGCGCACCGAUUCACCUCCUCGAAGGGCUUUGACCCAGAAGACUACACUGGUCUGCACUCGCCGCCUCGCUUCAUUCCAGGGGAGAACCGUGCAUAUGGCACGAGCAAAUUCUGCAACAUUCUUAGCGCCAAGUGGUUUAAUCGCCACUACGGUAAGGACGGCAUCGUGUUUACGUCGUGCCACCCUGGCAACCUUCGCACGGGCCUCACGCGUGAUUGGAACAAGGGCCUACACGCCGUGCUUGUGCCGAUUGUGAAGUCCGUCGUCUUGUACCCGCAGGAAAUGGGCUGCAUCUCCCAGUUGUACCUGAACACGGCCCCUGAAGCGGAAAGCAAGGGUGGUGCUUACUAUGUGCCAUGGGCGCGUGAAGCGGAACCGAUGCCACAGGCCAGUGACGAAAAGAUCCAGGAAUCUUUCGCUACAUGGGUCGACGAACAGGUAGCGAAGCACAUCCCUGCCUAA